AUGCCACCGUCUGUCUCCAGCACAAAGAGCAGCCCCACCGCCGCGGUGGCGACGCCGGAGAUCGACCUCAAAGACGUCGACGACGUGAACACGCACACCUCGGAGAGCGUGUGCAGCAGCAGUGGCACCGACGCCGACACGACCGGCACCACCCACAGUACGCACACCACCCUCCACCGGUGUUCUCUCACGACGCACUCCGUGAUGGCAGAGCCGGCGCGUAACGCGGCACGUGUGCUGGGCGACUACGCUCGCUCGCCGAGAUCUCCUACGCCGUGUGGGCUACCGGAGGACUUUGCUGCCGCAGCGUGCGCGACGGCUACGGUGACGGUUCCGCUUGGGUGUCUCUCCCCGGCUGAGAGUCCGGUGCGCGCCAUCGCCUCUCCUCCUGCUGUGACUUCCGGAAAGAAAACACCAGCUCCGCCGCCUCCGAUUGACUUCUGUGGACCUGCGAAGCCGCCGCCGCGUUCGUCGGACUCCCGUCUGCCCCCACCUCUGAGAGAGAAGGACCGUAUCGACGUUGUUCGUGGGGUGGUGGGGGAUGUCAGCGUGAUAUCUCCUGUUUCCAAUAGACAUGAUGCUGUGCUCCCGACCAUAACGCCCACCGCAGUAGCGUGUGCUAGCCCCACCAACGCCGGAGCGGAGAACAAAAACGGUGUUAGUAGUAGCAGCGAUGGUGCUGUAGGAGGUGCGUUGAGGCCGCCGGCGUCGCCGUCUGCGCUGCACGCCUACAGUGCGCCAUUCCAUCCAUUCGCAAAGGGUUUAAUGGGUGUUAAGAACCGUGCCGGUUUUAGAACGAACGUAGCGGGAGGCGGUCCAACUGCCAAUCUGGGCCACAGCUUCGGAUUGGAGGGCAGCUCUUCUGUCCAAAACACCGUCUCACCCAUCUCAACACCACACCAAGGCUACGCAUCCUCCUGCGACUACACUCCCAUGGACUGCCACCCGACACCCUGCACGAUCGGGCUCUGCCUCAGUGAUGAACAGCACAGUGGACUUGGCACCAGUGGCAGCUUGCACGCUCCACCCUCUAUUGGUGGCAUGCCGAGGCGGACCAGCUCGUCUGCUCAGCCCCAUCACACCGACUUUACUUGCACGUCCGCUGGAAACGCGAACCCCUACGAUGUGCACUGGCAAGACACAGGAGCCAGCUCCUGCUACUUCUCCCACUUUACCCAUCCCGCGUCGAACCUUGACAGCAGUCUCGGCCUCGGUGCGGUUGGCUGCGAGGACGACGGCCUCCCCAUGAACGAGGACGGCUACGUGUACACCCCCCUCACCUACAGCGAGGCCGGUCCCUCGCACGAUGACCACUACCUUCACAACGGGGUCACACCCUCCUCCUUCGUGACGUCUGGCAGGCCGGAGAGGAUACGGGGCAUGGACGGCAGCGGUGGUGGUCCGUGGGCGUCGUCCGUUCCCGCAAUGGGUCCAGAUUGCACACUUCCCACCUACACGGAGCCGCAGCCGCCGUUUUUCUGCGACGGACCGCCGCCACCGCUCUGCACCGGCAACCCGCGCGGCGACUACGACUACAACGAUGACGGGAACGCGUACGACGACAUCAACGCUGUGUUUGAGGGGCAGGAGAUGCCGUUUGAUUCGUACAUUCCGCAAGACGUGCAGCGGGUGGAGCAUCUGGAGGACCUGGACUACAUCUGUCAGGGCAUUCUGGCAGAGGCAGCUGAGAUGCAACGGCAGUAUCAACGUCGGUGCCGCGAGCGUCAGUACUUGGCAGAGGAGGCGUUUGACGACGACGAGCUGGAUAGUAGAAUGGUGAUUGCCCUCGACCUCGAAGGCCGCUCCCUCGGUCGCAAGGGCUCGAUUUGCAUCAUCACCUUAGCCACGUACUCCGCCGUGUACAUCAUCGACAUGGUUCUCCUCGGCGCGCGGGCGUUGAAUGCUAACUCAGCCCUAAAGGCGGUAUUAGAGUCGAACAGCAUAACAAAACUCAUGUUUGACUGUCGCGCUGACUGCGACGCGCUUUUCUUCCUCUACCGUGUCCGCCUGCGCAACGUGUGCGACCUGCAGAUUUCGUCGUGCUUCGCGCUCUUUCCAAUGGCGCAUCAUCUGCCCGGCAUGAAGGAUGUGUUUCGCGCCUUGGGUCUUUUUGCGGACGAAGACACCGACAUCAAGGACGCUGGGCGGCAUCUCUUCAACCCCAAGUCCGGCGGCAGCUUUGAUCGCUGGGAGGAGCGACCCCUGCCAGACAUCCUUCUGCAGUAUUGUGCAGUGGAUGUGAAAUAUUUUUUCGUGGCGAAGCUGAUGCUGUGGGAUCACUUAGAUCAAGGUUUCAGCUUAGGUGAGGCGCGACUGGCCUCUGUGUGUGCGGGCCACUUCCUGGGCUGCUCGAAGGGCAACUCCUUGCGCGACUUUGAAAUGCACUAA